AUGCCGGAACCAUUCCCACCCGAAGCGGCGCGGCCAGGCCACCCGGAGUGCGUUGAGGUGCUGCUACAGGCCAAGGUGCGCACCGCCACGGCCUGCGACGGCUGCCCGCCGCUCAUCAUGGCGGUCUGCGGCGCGGCGGUCCCUGCGCGGCGCGGCGCGGCGCUGCGCAUCGUGGAGCUGCUGCUGGCGGCGGGCGCGGACGUCCUGCAGAGGCGCGGGGCUGUGCGCGCGCACUGCGCGCUUGCGGAUGACAGCGAGCGGACGGCCCUGCACUGGGCGGCCGAGGUCGGCUUCUCCGAGGCCGUGCCCGCCCUGCUCGCCGCCGGCGCCGCCGCGACCGCCGAGCUGGCGAGGCAGCAGCAGCAGGACGCCGAGGCGAUGGCCGCCGUCGCGGCCGCCGACGGCGGGGCGCCGCCCCCCGAGCUGCCGGCGCCGCCGGUGCUCCAGGAGCUGGCGGACAGCUGCGGGGACUUGCCGCUGCACCUGGCGGCCAGGGGGAACCAUUUGGAUGUGGUGUCAGCCCUGCUGGCUCACGGCGGCGGCGACGGCGGGGAUGGCGAGGGGGCGGCUGCGGCGGCGGCGGCGGCGCGCAACAAGCUGAGGGACACGCCGCUGCACUCCGCUGCGCGCCGCGGCGCGGCGCGCGCGGCCGCGGCGCUGCUCGCCGCGGCGCCGGGCGCGGCGGAGGCGACGAACAAGCACGGGCUGACGCCGGCCGACCUCGCGGCCCGCCGCGGCCACACCGAGCUAGCAGCGCUGCUGCGCCCCAGCACGGCCGCGGCCCCCGCCGCCGCCCUGCCGCCGCUGCGCGGCAAGGCCGACCCCGCCCUGAAAACGCUCGUCCUGGCGCCCCCAGAGUGCGGCGAGCACUACACCGCGCCCCAGCCUGUGCGCCGCGGCGGCCCGGAGGCGCCGCCCGAGAACACGGCCCGGCUGGACGUCCUCCUCGCGGAAGCUAAAGGGUCGCUGCAGGCGGCGGAGUUCGAGGGGCGCGUGGAGUGGGGUGGGGGCGUCGCGGCGGCGCCGAUGGGGGACCUGCUGCGGGUGCACGACUGGAACUACCUGCAGGGGCUGCAGGCCGCGUGCGCGUCGAUCCCCGACGCGCCGGCCGCCGUCGGCCGCGUCGACGCAGACACCGCCAUCAGCCACCGCACCUUCCGCGCUGCGCGCGCCGCGGCGGGCGCGGUGCUGCAGGCUGUUGACCAAGUGGUGGCGGGGCAGGCGAGUUUGAGGGGCGGGGGCCGCCGAGCGGCCCGCGCGGCAGCAUGA